AUGCGCGACUGGAAAGCAGAUGGGUGCCGCUGGAAAAGUGGAUCAUGGCGUGAAUGGCCAAAAAAUAACGAUUUAUUCAAAAAGAAAUACUUCUCGUGUAUUAAUACUGAUGGAGAGGCGUCUGUGACACAUAAAACGUUUGCUGGAGAAGCAAGCAUUGAUUCGCCACGUGAUCUCACACAAGUUAAACAUUAUCAUCAAAAGUUUUUGCAACAAAAACAUAGCACAAACGAUGAAUUAUUACAUCUCAUAUUAUCAAAUGAAUUGAAAGAUUACAUCCGAACAUAUCAGAUUCAACCACAAUUAAGUGUAGUGUUAAUACACACCGUCGGUGAAAAUUUAUUUGGCCAGUUACUGGAAUUAACCACAAAACCGAUGCCACUGUACUACGACACAACUUUUAAUAUCGGCGACUACUACGUGUCUGUCAGUUUGUUUAAAUUGCACCGUGAUGUUAUUUUGCUAAUUUUGUUUUUAGAUUUUAACUUAUUCAAACGUUCUGUUUAUUGA